AUGUUUGCAGUUCUUCUCUGGGUGGUUUGCCCUGUUGAGAAUGCUCAGCCUAUGCUAAGUCUCGUGCCCAGAAAUGGCAGAAGAGGAAGGAGUUGUAAACUGAGCUCAACUGGGGUCUCAACUGCUUGUUCAAGUGCAGUUGCACACCCAUCGAGAUCCUCCGAGGAGAGGGUCUAUGAAGUGGUACUGAAGCAAGCAGCUCUGGUGAGAGAGCAGAGGGGAGAGAGUGCUCUGGAUUUGAAAAAACCAAUUGAGAGUGAUUGGAAUCUGUUGAAUGAGGCUUAUCAAAGGUGUGGCGAGGUCAAUGCUGAAUAUGCCAAGACUUUCUACUUGGGUACAUUACUCAUAACGCCAGAGCGGCGAAGAGCUUUUUGGGCAAUUGCUGUGUGGUGCAGGAGGACCGACGAGCUUGUGGAUGGGCCUAAUGCUUCACACAUCACACCAAAGGCGCUGGAGAGUUGGGACAAAAGAUUGAAUGAUCUUUUCCAAGGUCGCCCCUAUGAUAUGUAUGAUGCUGCCCUCUUUGAUACUGUUGCAAAGUACCCUGUUGACAUACAACCCUUUAAGGACAUGAUGGAAGGGAUGAGGCUGGACUUGAGAAAAUCAAGAUAUGAAAACUUUGAUGAGCUCUACCUUUACUGCUACUAUGUUGCCGGAACUGUGGGCCUUAUGAGUGUUCCGGUGAUGGGGAUAGCACCGGAAUCUAAGGCUUCCACGGAGACUGUUUACAAUGCUGCUUUGGCCCUUGGAAUCGCUAAUCAACUCACCAACAUACUCAGAGACGUUGGAGAAGAUGCUAGGAGAGGAAGAAUAUAUCUCCCGCAAGAGGAACUAGCACUUGCAGGCCUUUCUGACGACGAUAUAUUUCGCGGCAAAGUGACAGAUAAAUGGCGAAAUUUCAUGAAGGGCCAGAUAAAGCGAGCUACGAAGAUCUUUGAUGAGGCGGAGAAGGGCGUUGGGGAGCUCAACUCCACCAGCAGGUGGCCGGUAUGGGCGUCGUUGUUGCUGUAUCGGCAGAUCUUGGAUACCAUCGAAGCUAAUGACUAG